AUGGUUUUAUUAGUUUUAACUGAACGUAUCCGCCACGCAAUAUACCAAGCUAUACAAUCCCCUGAUUUUGAUGACUCUGCAAAACAAAGACUUAAAAAUUAUCUUAAGUCUAGUGCUUGCAUUCCUCUUGAUCUCGUUAAAGAGGUUUCAAAAUUCUUGGUUACUCGUGAUGGAAAACUUGGAAAAGAAAUUGCCACAACUGUUUCAAACAUUGUUUCAAACAUUCCUGAAUUACUUGCCCGACUGGAAAAAAUUCUUGCUGAACAAGCUAAUAAAGAAUAUGCUCGUAUGGUUGGACGUGUUGCUUCCUCUUAUGAUGUAGAAACUUUUAAACUCUUGGAUACCGAAGAAUUCCAAAGUAUCCGUGGUCAACUCACUGCUAUAAUUAACAUUACCUUCACUGUCGUUGCUGUAUUUGCUGCUGUGUAUCACGUUGCACAAACUAUCACCGGUGACACUGGAAUGCGUGUAUUACUUGCAUUCACUGGAAGCAUUAUCGUUGGAGUUGCCGAAACAUUUUUAUAUAUGCGUUAUCUUGCCGGUUUCGACAAAAAUGACCCUAAAAAAGAACGUAAACAACGUCGAAGAUCUUCAAGUCCACAAAAAAUUGUUUAUUAUUCUACUCAUCAACAUCCUCAUUUUCCUAAAUCAAGAUUGACUAAAACAUCAUAA